CGCUUGACACCUCUCUUGUUCAAUUUGUAUUGAUGUAUUAUUUAGAACGUUUGACAGGAUGGAUGCUUGGUAAAUCAAUACGAAAGGAAAUAGAACAGAAAGAAGUUUUCUAGUAUCAUCACUUUAGAGAUUGAAAUGCAGAACCUGCUCGAGAAGCGGAUGGAAAUAGGUCACAAACCAUGUCAAUAAGUGAGAAACUCGAUUACUUAAUCGGAAUACAGAAGGAAACAAAAGAAACGGUAGCUCAAUUAACAAGAAAACUUGAUGAAGUCAUAGCCGAAAAUUCGGAAAACAAGAAUAAAAUAAUUAGACUGGAAAAGGAAAUCGAGAGUUUGAAGAAGGAGGUGAAUCCUGAGCAUAUUAUCACAGAUUUAAGUAUAUUUAAAUCUGUGAUAUUAUUAAUGAAAUAAACGAGCGUUCUAUUCGACAGAAAAAUGUUGUUGUUUUUGGUCUACAAGAAAGUGUCAAAGAAGCUUUACCCGAACGUAAAGCGGAUGAUAACCGUCAAGUACAGGAGAUCAUACAGCACAUCAAUCCCGAAUGUGACACUCAGAAUUUAUCAAUUUUCCGUCUUGGAAUUGCUAAUUCUAACCGCACACAACCUCGACCAUUAAAAAUUAUAUUUAAAUCUAAUGAAGAGCAGAAGAGCAUUCUAAGAAACAAACUGAAACUAAAACUAACGCAACCUACUCGCAUAUCACAAUUAGCAACGACCAAACACCUAAUGAGCGUGAUUACCUAAAAAAAUGCGCGAGGAACUCGAUCAAAGAAAAUCCCGUGGUGAGAAAAAUUUAACAAUACGGUAUGUGCGCGGACUGCCUAAAAUUGUAACCGAUCCUCAUUCAUGGAUAUUUUUAAUGAAGUGGGAUUUCACCAGUUAAUAAAGGAACCGACUCGAAUAACACCCACCUCAAGUACUUUAAUUGACUUAAUGUUUACGUUAUGUCCUGAAAAGAUUAGCAACAUACACCAUCUGUGCCCUCUUGGAACGGCGGACCAUGAUGUUAUCGCGUUUGAUUAUGCUGUUGGUUGCGAAGUAAUAAAAACCUCUAAUAUGGUAAUUCGUUACAGAGACAUAAAGAGUAUCGAUCAUGUGGCGUUUAGCCAUGUAGCCUCUAUGUUAAAUUGGCAGGAUGUUAACUUUUUCGAUAAUGUCGAUGACAAAUUAAAUUUCCUAUACUCCCUAAUUAAUAAUUUACUUAAUAUUUUUGCACCAAUAAAAACGAUGAUUACGAAGAAAAAGUAUAGUCCAUGGUUAACUAAGAAAAUACGUAGGCAGAUUCGAAGAAAGAAUAAUGCUUGGUGUCGAUUCCGUUCUACCAGGUCUCAAGCUGAUUGGGUAUUUUAUAAAAACUUGCUCAAAGAUACAAAACGUAUGAUUAAUACUGAAAAAAGGAUUCAAAUGAAUCAUUUUGUGAAUCAUAAUGCAUCUAACCCUCGUACUCUGUGGUCUGGACUGCGUAACAUGCAGAUUAUAGACAGAAAAAUUUCACAUUCAACGACACAUGCAUUGUCAGAUCCGAAUACCGUUAAUAAAUACUUUAACCAAAGUGUACAUCACGGAAACGCAUUUACACCAUCAAACCUUAAUGUUGCCGAAAAUCGCAUUGCUAUAAGUAUGAAAAAUUUUGAUCUUAGUUCUGUCACUAGUUGGCAGGUUUUGGAUGCAGUUCAGUCAUUGAGUAAGUCAUCAAAAGGCAACGACAACAUAUCGAUGGACGAAAUUAAACUAUGUAUUCCGUUUUGCAUAAAUGCUCUCACUGAUGUGAUUAACUUCUCGUUGUAUAGCGGUACCGUGCCCUCAGCGUGGAAAACUUCAAUUAUCAGCCCGAUCCCCAAGGUGACACACGCUGUAAGCAUUGAACAGUACAGGCCUAUUAGCAUACUUCCGGCCAUGUCGAAGAUUCUAGAAAGAAUAGUCCAUAAGCAAGUCGAUGCGCACCUAGAAGAGGGAAAUCUGUAUUACGAGAAACAAUCUGGUUUCAGAAAAGAUCAUAGUACAACUACGGCGCUGCUUCAUACCAUAAGUACGCUGAAGCGCAACAUCGAUCGUGGUGAAGUUACAUUGUUGUGUUUGCUAGAUUUCUCUAAAGCCUUCGACACUGUUAAUCACUCUACUUUAAUUACGAAACUAACAUCUCUAGGAUUCUCCAGGCGGGCUUCAAACUGGUUUAAAGACUACCUUUGUGAUAGAAACCAACGAACGAAAAUAGUGACUGAUGGUAAUAUUUUGAUUUCUCAUUUUAGGUCCCUUGCUAUUCAAUACAUAUGUUUCUGAUCUUCACCGAUACAUCUCAAUGAACAUAUUAAUCAACUAAACUGUGACUUAAUGGUUAUUUAUGAGUGGGCAACACUAAAUAAUCU